AGAUCACCAUUGAAGAAGAUCAGCCAGUCAUCGCAAUCAAGAUGUGCCAAAAGGUCUUUUACACCUAUGCGUGCCAGCACGUUGAGUGCGUCACCUAUGACUGCAGCAAGAGCUGUGGAUCCACAAGAUCUGGCUGCAUGAAGCGCGAACCAUCCGAGCACACCACUCUCAAGGAUCAGAUCUGCCACGACUGCAAUGAGAUAAUCAGAAGCAUAAGGCAGAAUCGCCACGACAAUCGCCAGGACGCCAGAGGUCGAUCAAGACACUGGGAGCAUCGGAUUCGCCAUUACGAGCACCUCAUGAACCGUGCUCAGACAAUCUUGGAUCAGCAGCAGGCUUCCCAGGCUGAACAGAGGCAACAGUCGCAGCAGCCACAGAACCGUCCAGAUCAGCAGUCAAUCUCACCCGGUGGCAAGACCAUUCGCCCUCUGGAAUCGAACAAGUUGUCCAACAUAAAGCGCGAUGAAAGCUUUGGCCUUGUCCCCAACACGCUAUACCAGCUCCAUGUGGCCCAGGACGCCUGGUUUGCGAUUCAGCGCAAUCGAGAUGACCUUUGAGAGAGGCUUGAAAUCUCGACAGGAUGGGCGUUGGUUUUUUGGAGGGGACAGAAUGGUGUCGCCAGCACGUUAUGCCAGCAAGGAUCAUUUGCGCUUUCAUUUGGAGACGAGAAAGGCAUAUCUUGCUCAGCGUAUCAAGUGAUUUAGAGAGAAGCUACCAGCGAAUGCUUCCAUUCAUAGACCUAUAGAUAGAAUCACCGACUUUAUAGCGGUCAUAGCAACACAAGAAUACGAUGGUUG